AUGCCAAAAAGCUCCAGCAACGCAGAUCUACCACUCGGCUGGGAAAUUAAUACCGACUACGAUGGCAAGGUUUAUUUUAUCGAUCACAUUAACAAGAAGACGACGUGGAUCGAUCCGCGUGACAAACAUACGAAACCGGAAACGUUCGCCGACUGUAUCGGGAACGAGCUGCCAUUCGGGUGGGAGGAAAGCUAUGAUCCACAGAUCGGUACGUACUACAUCAACCACAACACGCAGACGACCCAGCUCGAGGAUCCACGGCUGCAAUGGAAGAGCAAGCAGGACGAGAUGCUGCGGGAGUAUCUGUGCUCCGCACAGGACACGCUGGAGGCCAAGAAGGAGAUACUGAGCGUGAAGACGCAACGGCUCCAUCUCGCGCAGGAAGAGUACAACCAUCUGAAUGCGCUCGCCGCAAGCCGCACUAGUCUGUGCUCAUCGACGAGUUCCUGCAGCACCAAGUUUGAUCCGGAGCUGCUGCGGGCGGAUCUGGCCAUCGCGAAGGAGCGUGUAUUCCGGCUGAAGAAGGAACUGUCUCGCAUACAGAAGGAGAUGCACAGCACGCAGAAGGGCGUGGACACCUUGGCCAGCGUGGAACAAAAGCUCAAUGCACACGUGAACGGUUGCUACAAUAUUAGUGAAGCGCAAGCCAUUAUGGAGGAGGUGAAAAAGAUACAGAAGUCGCUCAUUACUGGUGAACGGGAGAAGAAGGAACUGAUGAAGAGUUUAGCGCAGGUGAAGGACGAUCUGACGCGGUUACAGUUGCGCCAGGAAAGCCCGGACGCGUCCACCUUCAACCUGGCCCAGGAUCGCAUCUGUGCCGCGUCCCAGACCGACCUGUCCUCCGAACACUUCCCGAUGGGGGCACGUGAGAUGGCAAAGAUGCGACAACGGUACGACGAGUGGCGCCGGCGCGUGAAGGAGAUCCAGGAGCAGCUGGCAGCGCUGGAGGAAAAGAUACGGCCCGGUGAGCUGGAAUCCGACCAGGACCGGUUGCUGCUGUUCCAGGAGAAGAAGCAACUGUUGCUAGAGUACCGCAGCAUUACGCCGAAAUCCCGUUCGCCGACGGAGAUGCGUAGAAUUCAGAGCGUUUGCCGGCAGCUGGAGGCGGACCUGAACAUGGCGUACGAGGAAUCGAACCAGUGCAUCGCAAACCGGUUGAAACUGCACGAGGAAAAGCAGGCGCUGCUGCAGCAGCUACUGGAAGCGCUCAAGGAGUUUACGCAUCUCGAGCAUCAGUUGAAAUCGCUGUCGGCGAGCACGCUGUCGAUAAGCAGCAGUUCCAGCCUGGGAUCGUUAUCGACCGCAUCCAGCAAGGGUUCGCUGAGCGGGCUCAGCUUCACCGAUAUCUACGGUGAUCCGCUGUCGGCCGAGCCACAAAUCGAUAUGGUCGACAUGAACCGGCGCGUCCAACGGUUGUUCCAUCCGAGCUCGGAAGUUUCGUCGCUAUCGCCGCGCAGCAGUCUCUCCACCGAAACGCCACCUGCGUCACCGAUGAAGCUUGACUGGGUGGCGGCAGCUGCUGUGGCAGCGGCCGCACUGUCGUCGGGCAAUCCAUCGUCAUCUGCUGUUCACGCUGCCAUCACCUCUGCCAAACUGGUCGGUGCUGGUGUUUCCACCGUUGUGCCUAGCUACGGGGCACCGUCCGCAUCGGGCGCUGUGCCCAGCUACGCCGUUGCGACGGCUACCACAAGCACAGUGGCAUCCAAUACCGUCUCCUCCGCAUCCGAUUAUAAUCUCGACCGGCAGCGGCUAGAGGAGCAACUGCAGGAGCUGAAAAUCCGUCAGCUGGGUAUCGCUGGUGGGCCGCUGUCACCGAUCUAUGAGAAGCCAACCUACCUGGAACCAGCCGCCCUGCUCAGCCGCUCGUCAUCCACCUCCAACACGCGGUCCGUUUCGACGACGGUGAGCGACGAAUCGGUGGCGGGUGAUUCGGGCGUGUUCGAAGCGUCCCGUGCUCCACCCGCCCUGCAGACGAAGGAAUGCGCCCAGGUGCAGAUUGGACUGCGCUAUGCAACCGCCGAUACCGCGCUGUGCAUCACGAUCGAGCGUGGUAGCAAUUUGGGUGCGCUUGGUCCACCUGCCGGUUGUCAGAUAUUCAUCCGCGCCAUGCUGCUACCGUCCGGAUCCGGUGGCGGUGGACCCGGGUUCGUGCGUACCGGCACGGUGACGGAUUGGGUUCGACCACUGUUCAAAACGAUGCUGGUGGUACAGCUGCCCCUCGACAAGGUGUACGCAAAAUCACUGCACGUGAAGGUGAUGGUGCUGCUCGGUCAGCGGGAGGAUUGGAUCGGCAGCACACAGAUCAGCCUGGCGGAGUUUAAUCCGGCCGACGCGACCACCAGCCGCUGGUACAACAUCGUUAGCCGGAAGUCGAUGAACGAGUCGGAGCUGCUGGAGGGUUGUGCUGGUGGCGCACGGGAAGAAUCGUCAGACGAGUCGACCAUCAUCUCGUCUCAAACAUCCACACUGACGCGGAACCAGGGACAGGAUGAGCUGCAGGCUGUGCUGGAGAUGGUGUAUGACGAACUCUCGAACGACGAUGAUGAUGAAGACGAUGAGGAGGAGGAGGAAGAGGAUGAUGACGAAGAUGAAGAGGAGGAGGACGAUGAGGAGGUGUAUAAGGAUGAAGGGGAUGAGGAGCGGCAAGCCGGUCUACCGACGAUGGGGUUGGUGUGCCGUCGGCGAAAUAAACAACUGCAAAGGCUAGUCCACUCCGUCGAGGAAGAGGACGAAGGGGAGGAACAUCAGAAGCUGCAGGAGGAGGAGGAGGAGGAGGAGGGUUGUGCAUCCGCGGAAGCUACCGAGCUGAUGAUACAGGAGUACAUGAACAGCGUGAAGGAGGGACAAUGUAGCGGUGACGGUGGCAGUGGGGAUGAUGGAGAUGAGGGUGUGGGUGUACCACAAGCACCGCCCGUGCAGCGGGUGGACAAAGAAACCAACACCGAAUGUGCCUUUUUGCCGGAACGGAGCCGCAGGCGGUUCCCCGAUCCGAACGGUCCAACGCGCUCUUCCACCAUCGAGGAGGGUUCGGUCGUGGACGAUCGUUUGGUGAAACGAUCGCAAACUUUCUCACCAAGUGCCGUAGCUAGCAAAGCCCGAUACAUCUGCCGGUUAAACCGGAGCGAUUCCGAUUCGGCCAUGCACUUCAACAAUCAGGUGACGCCCCACCCGUUCAAGCGUGGUUCGGUCGAACGACGGUCGCUGCGCUACCACAAUCGCGUAUCUAAGAUUUAUCACAAGAUGCAUCCGGCAGUGCCACGCACCAGCCUUGAUCUCGAGCUUGAUCUGAAAGCGCAGCAAACGAAGCUAGAAACGCUGACGGACGAGAUCGGGCGGUUGCGAGAGCUGAAGCACCGACUCGAACAGGCUCGAGACAAUAACGACGUAAAGGUGGCGGCCUGGGCCCUCGAGAAUGAGGACUUCCUUCGGCUGGUAAAGACGGUAAAUGCCGUCACGCCGGAGGAGCGUCAGCUCGCGAAGCUGCUGAUGAAGACGUCCAAGGAGAUAUACAAGCUGCGCAAAACGAAAGUCGGCAAGGGCAAGCUCGAUUCGAUCUCGUUCAAAGAAAAGAUGGCGUUCUUUACGCGUCGCGGUGUAUCCGUACCGGAGCUACCGUCGGAAAUAUUCCCUGGCACGGCUACCGCGCAACCGGGUGCGACGUCCUCCGCACACCAGCUAGAUCCAAUCAUGGAUCUACCCGCGGGCGGUGGUUUGGAGCGGGAUAGGGAAGAGUGUGGCGGUAGCAGAACGCCAACCAAUACAGAGCUGAUGCCGACGGAUACGGUCGAAUCGUCGACCGUGUGCGGAUCGUCCCCGGCAACUACAGAUAUCGGCACCGGUACGGAACCGGAAUCGGAUCCAAAUGCCUUCUCCUACAGCGACGUUGACCGCACAUACGGUGUGGAGGUGUGAGGUAUCCAAACAAAUAACCGCACACGACGUACAGUGUGUCACGUUGUCAAAAGUGCCUUCAUUUUUUUAACGUAUAAAAGAGAAACGCUAUAAGGCACGCAUUUCGGUAGGGCACAGUGUUUAAAGAAUUCUGAUUUUUUUUUACAGAUAUAUAAUAUAUAGGAUUAUAACGUGUGUCCGUGCAGACAAAACAGCGAUAGGCGGCAAGGGAAAAAAGCAAAACAAACAGACAAAAAAGCAAGUUUAAAGAAUGACCAAAGGUCCUGCAUGCAUUUAAUCGUUAAGUUGAGAUAUUUUUUUUUUCGUUUUCGUUUUUAACAGAGUUAGGUACUUUUUUUACUAUAAAUAUUAAUAUUAUUAUUCUUUGUUUCGCGUUUAGUUUAACGCGUUAGGAAAAAAAAGGAAAACAAUCUAAAACUGUCCCCACCAAUAUUACUUUUCCAUUCUCUUUCCCUUUCCAAUCUUUUCCUCAUAUCAAAUUUCUGCAUUAGGAAAACAAAAGGGGGUGUUGUAUGAAUUAGUUGGCAAAAAACGAGCACUUGCCUUAUUGCUCACCUUUUAUUAUUCAAGAAAACAACUGAAUGAAACAGCGGAAAAUCCCAUUUGAAGACUCUUUGCCUAGAUGUUGGGAUUGUUCAGCCCCAUCCUUUACAGAUACACCCACAAACCGUAUUAGCAUAAUUUUGUUAGCGUUAACACAACCUGUCGACACUGUACGCAUCGCUGCCUUAGUAGAAACGCAUAUGCUUGGUUUUGUAUGUUUUAACGCUCCUUUCCAAAGGUUUCACCCUGCACACACCCCUCUCCCCCCCCCCCCCUCAAUCUCGCCAAACAAGCCCACCACCUUCACCUUUCCCUCACCGGUACGAGGGGACGCCAUCUUCAUGUUUAGUUUUAGUACGGUAAAAUAAUUUUAAACGUCGCCGCAAACGUUAGAUAGAAAUGUUCAUAGAGACGCAUGUCAAACCUCUAACCUAGCUGUACACAGGAAUAGCAAUUAGGUCAUUAUAUAGCCUAUAUACAUAUACUACUACUAUGAACUACUACUAUAUUAUGCGUAGUGAUGCUGCCUCUUUUUUAAAUAAGCAGAACUAGUUAGGGAAGACUAGCAGACAGUGAAGGAUAUUAAGUAGAGGAGCGUAUUUUUGUUUAAGUGUACGUUUUAUGUGAGUGUGUGUGUGUGUGUUGCCCAAAGAAUAUCACCACCCAAGGCAGAACAGUGAUACAGGAGGUUCGAGAAGAAAUCAACACAGCAAAGGAGUUCAUAAGCUGUAAACAAAUGAACGUUAACUAUACAAAUUUAGAUAGAAAAUCUAGCAGCGCAGAGGAAAAACCUAAUACAUACACAAACACACUCAUACAUAUACACACAUACGCACAUAUGGAGUUUUCUAGGGUAAAUAUUUGUUAGCGAUCGAGUGCAGAUUAGUAGCAGUCAUUAUCCAAACGUGCAAUAGCGAGAAUAUUUUCAACCUUGUUAUAACCGAUUAUGAUAAUACUUUACUAUUUCUAUUUUUUCUUUAAAAAAAAAACUACCCGCGUGAAAGGGACGGGAGGGAGUGUAGCUUUUGGUUGAUGUGCCAAAACAAGUCAUCAAUCGUAGCAAUAGUGUACGUUUGUUUGUUAGAAUUACAAUAUAGAGAAAAGCGAUCAUUUUUCUUCCCUUUUCUCUCUCUCUCUCCAACUCUCACACGCACACACGCGCAUUAUUUUCCCAUUUUAUGUUUUUUUGUUUGUUUAAUGUUAGCUUAAUUCUUGCUUCUGCCUCAUAUUUCCAUAUUGUAGGGGUACCCAAUUUCAGCCAGUUUUAUGUUGUAAACGCCACUUUGGUUUUUGAAUGCGUGAAACGUACAGACAUGCGUCGUAUUGGUGCUUUUGCACCGCUUUAUAGUUGGCUGUUCUAUUCGGCUUGGAAUGAACCAAGUUUAUUGUUGCAUUGUGAGUGUGUGUGUGCGUGUUUGUUGGUAACAAGAAAAAAUUAGUAAUUUUAUCUUCCGCUUUAUACUCCUAGUAUGUUGGGAGAUAGUUGCGAAUCCAUCAUGUAUGCUAAUAACAUUCAACUGGUAUGAAAAACCCAGUAAUGUAUCCGGCUGAUGUUAAUGUAUUUCUUUUUUCAUACCUUUUUUUUACAUUUCGUCUACUUCUGAGCCUGUUUUUAUCUUAUUUUUUGCGUUAUUGAUUAUUAUUUCCAUUUCUUAAACAUAGCUUAGGUAGAAAUCCCUAAUUUUUUGCUCUUGUUGCGCUCUUGCGGCGCUAAACAUAUCUCAAUAUACCGCCUAAUAUAAAAAAAAGAUGAUCGGGAGCAAAACAUUGGAAGCAAAAGAAGGAAACAAACAUAAAUGCAACAGGCCAAAGGAACGCAGCACUAACAAAACAAUCAAGAGAGAGGGAGAAAGAAUGAUAAAAACAAAUAGAAUGCUCCAAAACAGUUGAGGAAAACGAAGGCUCGGCAAGCGAGGACACGAAACGAAACUCCCUUUUCCCCGUACUCGGUUUACGAUUGGUUGGGAAAAUGCGUGCCUUUUGUCGGCACUCUGUAACUUUGUUGGGUGGUAAGGGUGGUGAUGGGAAAUACUGCAUGAAAAUCGGCAAACUUCCUUAUAGACAAUUAACGAUGUGCCUUAGAUGAAAUUGUUUGCAAUUAUUAUUGUGUGUGUGCGCGGGAUGGUUAACGUUUGUGUUGUGAGGGCGUGAGCGAAGAUGGAAACCGAAGAAAACAAAAUGGACAUAAACUGUUUUGUGAGAUGAAUUAGUUGGUUAGUUGUGAAGGAUUGCAAAAGGGGUUUUGUAAACACUCUUAAUCAACCCUGUUUUCUGCCUGUAUAUGGUAUAGAAUGGAUAGUUGUUGCCCAAUCUUCUAGCGAAAUGCGAAGAUAAAGGCGUUAGAGAAAGAAAUUACAAACUAAUACAAAAAAAAAACAGAAAUAAAUAUAAGUAGUUAUGUGUGUAUAUAUUAGAUACAAUAUAUACAUAUAUACAAAUACACAUAAAUUCUAUCUAUACACAUAUACAAAACUAUUACGUGAGCUAUAUUCAAUAAUACGUUUUAUAUAUAAAGAGUCAGUUAUUUUAUCACUGUAGAGACCUUCUUCAAUGAAGGGACUAUAGCUGCUAACAUAUUAAGGGUUGUCA